AAUCCCAAAUGAUUUGGCCCAAUGUAUUUAAACAGUAUUGGGAUUCGGCCUUGCUGGUCCUUUCUCAACCGCUGAGCGUCGCCAUUUUGUUUGCACACGAUGGCGCUCCUUUAUCAGGUGCUGUUGAUUGGGCCCCGCCUAAGGAGAACAUCCUCGGUGAUAGUGAUAAUACCCUUGAGAUAAGAUUGAUUUGACUGUAAAAAAAAAAAAAAAGACUAGACGACAUGCUGUGCCCGUUACUGCUGUUCACACUGCCGCUGUUGUGCUCCGCUAACGGAGAUACAACAUUUAGACAAACGCCUCCGGUGAUAAGAGAAGUUUCCCGGAGCGACACAGCGGCUCCGCCGCCACCGUACUUCCAUCUCCCGGUGUUCCUGGACUCCAGGCCGGGGACGGUGGAAAAGGAGCGGUUCUCUCCGUUCAGAGCCACUGGACGGAAGCUUCGGACCCUCGAGCCUGCCCUGGGGCCUCUGCCCCCGGCUCGUGCUAACACGAGUCAACCCGCAGCUUCGGGUGUUUCCGUGAAGACUUCGUGCGAGCGCAACAAGAUGCGCGUAGAGGUGCAGAGGAGCAUUUUGGGAACCGGGGACCCGGGCGCUCACCUCAAACUUGGGACGUGCCGUCCCAGUGGAGCCGAGAGGGAUUACCUUUACUUUGCAUUUGACUAUGGCAUGUGUGGAACCCAACGUACGAUAAUUAAUAACCAGGUGGCCUAUACAAACGUGCUUCGAUAUGAUCCAUUAAGGCUCAAAGGACCAAUCAGGCGAGCUGUGCCGUUCAACCUGCCUGUUUCGUGUUAUUUUAACAGGUACCAAUACUCUGAAUACACUCCAAAGAUGCUGCUGAGCAAGCUCUUCACACCAAUGAAGAACAAAGCAAAGUUGAUUCUGACUCCUCGGAAUGCUCGGUGGGAAAGGCUCUCUCCGUCGGACCGGUACGUGCUCGGGCAGUCCAUGUACUUUCAGGCGGAGGCUUCGUCCGUGUCCCGGGACAAAAGACUCUACGUCCACUCCUGUUACGCAACUCCCGAGAAGUCCCACAACUCCACGCCUCAGUUUCCAGUCGUGCAAAACUAUGGAUGUAUGAUUGAAAGCAAGGAGAAUCGCUCCAGGUUCAUCCCAUACAGAAGGAAUGCUGUGAGAUUCUCUGUGGAUGCCUUCUUCUUCCCGGGAAUGACCGGCAAGCAGCUCCACAUGCACUGCUCCAUGUCCGUGCGCAGCUCGCUACCCACACCCACCUCAAAGUCCUGCAACUACAACACAAAAACAAGAAAGUGGGUUGAGCUGUACGGGCCGGACCUCGUGUGCACCUGCUGCGAUUCAAACUGUAGCUCCGCUGCCUCCUCGGUGACCAAAAUAAUCAGCAGCCGGCCCUGGACAGUAGAGCCUCCAGUGAAGCCCACGGCAUCCAAAAGAAGGAAGAAGGUCUCCGCUGCCGCCACCGCUGCUGCAGCAACAACAACAACAACGACAACAACAACGCCACAAAAAGAGAUGACUGAGGGGACGAUGACCUCACAGCUCGAGGACAUUGCAGCGGCUCAGAUCGGUAGGGUGGAGGACACGGAGGCAGAGUGGCUCCUCGCAGGUGAAGGAGUGGCCUGGGUUGAGUGGGAAGGUGACGAGGAGCAGGUGACGGGCUUUGCUGUUGUGGAGAAAAUGGAGGAGGAGGACGACGACGUCAUAGAACCUCACACAAUUUUUGAAGAGAUCAUUGGCUUUGACAAAUAAAGCAGAUGUCUUUACUGUGAUAAGUUGAUUGUGUUUGGCUCAUGUCAUGACUCAUAAAGAGCUUAAAGCAAUCAGCCAGAUGUCGCUGGUAAUGGGAUGUUUUUUGAGAUGUUAUCUGAAUUAUUACACAAAAUACGAUUGCUUUUGUCACGAAUCUACAUCAAUUCUCUCUCUAAAAGAAUAAUGCACACAUUUGAAAAACCAGCUAAUUCACUUAAAAUUAGAAGAUUAGUAUCCCUUUGAUAUCUUUUCAUUCACUAUGAAGGUGCAGCUGCUCAUUUCUUUUAAACGCUCAUUAUUUCUGCAUUUAAUACUGUUUAUUGGAGACAGGCAGGAAAUGUGGGGGAAUCAAAUCUAUGCCCUGGCCAUUUGGCUAUCAA